AUGGAUAUUUACGUGACUCUCCUCUCCUUUUUCUUUUUUACCAAACCAUCUUUGGCUUUCGGAUCAGAUCAAGACUACCAGAUUGAUAUCAUCAAUGAACUUGACCUGGAAAAUGCCACCUAUGGAAUUACCCAAGUGGCGGGGCUCCACAACAGCAGCAAAGCCUUCCUUUUUCGAGAUGUUGGGAGAGCAGUUCACGCCCCGGCACACAUCACAGAAAAAGUGGUGCAGCUGUUCAGGAGUAAAAGCGAGUUUACCUUCUUGGCCUCCAUCCAGCAGAAGUCCUCCACGUCGGGAGUCAUAUUCUCCAUCCACGAGUCAGAACACAGUUACUUUGAGCUGGAGAGCAGCGGGGUAAGAGAGGAGAUCCGCUACCACUACCGCUUCAAGGGCAAGCCGCGCUCCGAGUCCUUCCCCUACCGCCUCGCCGACGGCCAGUGGCACAAGAUCGCCCUCACCAUCAGCGCCUCCCACCUCCUGCUGCACGUCGACUGCAACAGGAUUUACGAGCGGGUGAUAGACCCUCCUCAGAUGGAGCUCACCCCAGGCAGUGGAGUGUGGCUGGGCCAGCACAGCCACAAGCACGGCCUGUUCAAGGGCGUUAUUCAGGACGUGAAGCUGAUUUUCGCUCCCAACGGUUACAUCACACAGUGUCCUAACCUUAACCGCACCUGUCCGACGUGCAGCGACUUCCUGAGCCUGGUGCAAGGCAUCAUGGACCUUCAGGAGCUGCUGGCCAAGAUGACGCUGAAGCUGAACUACGCCGAGUCCAGGCUGACCCAGCUGGAGGGCUGCCACUGCGAGAGGACCUGCAGCGCCAACGGCCUCGUCUACCGGGAUAAAGAGCUGUGGGUCGAGCCGGAGAACUGCAGGAACUGUGCAUGUAAGAAUGGCGUGGUGGAGUGUCGCAGGAUUUUCUGUCCUCCGGCAAACUGCUCAGAAGACCUGCUGCCUGUACACGUCGACGGGACCUGCUGCAAGACGUGCAGACCAAAAUGUACCUACAUGGGACAGACGUUUUCCGAAGGCCAGCGCUUUUUAUCCAGAAGCUGCAGGGAAUGCAAGAACGGCCUCAUGGUGAAAGUCACAGAAACCUGUCCAGAGAUCAACUGCACCGUCAGCGAACAGAUCCUACCAGACGGCAGAUGCUGCAACGUUUGCAGAGGUUAUGACUUCUGCGCAGAGGGACUCAUUUGUGGAGAAAACUCGGAGUGUAAAAACAGGAAUACUAAAGCGGAGUGUGAAUGCAGGAGCGGCUACGCCUCCAUCCACGGGGAUUCUACCUAUUGUGAAGAUAUUGAUGAGUGUGCCACGCAGAUGCAUUACUGCCAGUCCAACACAGUGUGUGUCAACCUGCCCGGCAGCCAUCGCUGUGACUGUCUGCCCGGCUUCAUCAGGGUGGACGAGUACUCCUGCACCGAGCAUGACGAGUGCGCCAGUGGCCAAAAUUUGUGUGAUGAGAACGCCAUCUGCACAAACACCAUCAGAGGACACCUGUGUACCUGCAAGCCGGGCUACGUGGGCAACGGCACCAUCUGCAGAGCUUUCUGUGAGGAGGGCUGCCGGAGCGGAGGGACCUGCGUGUCUCCCAACACCUGCGUCUGUCCUUCAGGAUUUACGGGACGUCGCUGCGAGACAGAUAUCGACGAGUGCGCCGAGGGCCUGAUUGAGUGCCACAACCACUCCCGCUGUGUCAACCUGCCUGGCUGGUACCACUGUGAAUGCAGAAGUGGUUUCCAUGACAAUGGCUCCUACCUGCUCGAUGGGAGCUCCUGCAUUGACAUCGAUGAGUGCAGUUUGCAGACGCACACCUGCUGGAAUGACAGUGUGUGCGUGAACCUCCCGGGAGGCUACGACUGUGUUUGUACAUCUGGUCCGGGCUGCAGCGGCGACUGUCCACAGGAGGAGGGAAUCAGACGCAACGGAGAGGACUGGAAACCCAGCUUCGACCGCUGCGCUAUAUGCUCCUGCAAGGACGGCCAGACGUACUGCAGGAGGAGACCCUGUGACUGUGGCGACCCGGACGAGGAUCUGUUCUGCUGUCCUGGUUGUGACAACAGGCCCAGCAGCCAGUGUCUGGACCAGAGCGGACGCACGCUUUACCGCAGCGGGGCGUCUUGGCUGUACGGCUGCCAGCAAUGCCGCUGCAUGGAGGGGGAGGUGGACUGCUGGCCUGUGGUUUGCCCCGUGUUGAUGUGCGAGUACACGGCGGUGGCGGAGGGCGAGUGUUGCCCGCGCUGCGUCACAGACCCCUGCCUGGCUGACAACCUGUCGUAUGACAUCCGGCAGACAUGCAAGGACCCCGCAGGCAUCGCCCGCCUCAGCGGAGACACAUGGCAUAUGCCCAAAUCACCCUGCACCACCUGCAAGUGUAAGAAUGGGAACGUUUGCUGCUCGGUGGAUCUCGACUGCCUUCAGAACAACUAA